UGUCCGUCGUCUGGUGUGGCCGGUAGGAAGGCGAGCGCGGCGGGCUCCGGGUUCCCGGGCGCUCGGAGGACGAUGAUUUUCCGGCGGCUGCUGGCUGCCCUGCUGCACAACCCACAGCUGGUGGAGCGGCUGUCCGAGUCGCGGCCCAUCCGGCGGGCGGCGCAACUCACGGCUUUCGCCCUGCUGCAGCUGCAACUGCGCGGCCGCGAUGCAGCCGGCCGCCUGCGAGCCCUCGUGGGUCAGUCCCCGGGCUCCUUGGGGCGCCGCGUCGCGCGGUUCAAGGACACCUUCACUCAGGAACUCCGCCGCGGCCUCCGGGAGCGUCCAGGACCACCCCCAGGUCAUCAGAAGGGCCCGGGCGCCAAGGCGUAAGCACAGACUGGACUCUGCCAGGCCGAGGUCACGUCCCCUCCUCCCUUCAGUGAUCUACACCGACCUUAGCAUUCAGGAGUCAUCUCGGGCACGAUGCACGGCUUCGAAUCCUGACUCGGAUUGUCAACAUGUAGAUGCCUGCGUUCAAAUGGACAUGUGCUAGUCCUGUGACUGGCAGGACAUAAAGACCCCGAAGGCCACCAGAGAUGAAAGAGCCUAAACCAGAACAUUGCACUACUGAGAGCCAUGGCCAACCAUGGCCUGCUUUCUACAAGCGGGACUGAAGCUGAAUAAAUGCUGCUGCAUCUACGUCUGGAGCAGAAUACCAGGGAAGAUGGUGGAUGGAAUGAUAACCCUGAGGUUGCCACAGUCUUUGAUUAAAUGUCUUUUGAACAGCAUAGACCAUCCUGGAUGCAGAAGAGACAGACAAGGAAACAAAGCAAGAAAAAGGAUUGUAUGUGUCCCGGCUGGUUGAAGGAUGAAAGGGCCUUGAACAACAAUGUGGGUGACCUCCAGAAACAGCAAGGAAAGAGCGAACAUGGUUCCACAAGUGGGGUGAAUAAAAUUCUGCCGGCAAGAAUGAGUUUGGAAGCCAAGCAUGGUGGCACCUGCCCAGAACUCCAGGCUUGAGAGGCAGAGGCAGGAGGACCAAGAGUUUAAGGUCAGGGAGUUUGUGCCUAUGCCCAUGAGAGAGACAUCUCAGAAAUAUAGGGAGGAGACUAAAAUGUCCAUAUUACAGUUCAGAUC